AUGAACUCAACCAUCAGAGAAGCCCCCUUCGGGCAGCUCGUUCGCUAUUUCACAAAAAACAAAUACUUCCAAUAUCCCGAAGAAUCCCCAGACUUCCAACUACCAGAAGUAUGGAUUCAAUCGAUGAACGAGCCAUCAGAAAAACAAGAAGAGGCUCAAAGACAAAACAGUGAACGCAUCAGCCGAAUAACUACCCAGAACUCAAACACCUUGUCAUCCACAGAGUCUCGUCUAGAGGCUGAUGAACAGCAUGAGCUGGAGAAGAUCAAAUCCAUCCCCAUUACCCCCAAGAAGACAAGAGACGGUGCGAUCCUUGUCGACUGGUACUACACAGAUGACUCGGAGAAUCCGCACAACUGGUCCAAUCUUCGACGUGGCAUGGUCGCUCUCAUUAUCUGUCUAUACACCUUCGUCGUGUAUACUACCUCUGCAAUCUAUACCUCCUCUGAGCAAGGUAUCAUGGAGGAAUUUGGUGUCGGCACUGUGCUGGCGACAUUGGGUCUGUCGCUGUACGUGCUCGGCUACGGCACCGGUCCUUUGAUCUUCUCGCCGCUGAGCGAAAUCCCCAUAAUUGGACGCAACCCGGUCUACAUCGUGACGAUGUUCUUAUUCGUGAUAAUCUCCAUCCCUACAGCUCUUGUGGGUAACUUCCCUGGCCUGAUGGUCCUGCGUUUCUUGCAGGGCUUCUUCGGAUCUCCCUGCCUCGCAUCAGGUGGAGCUUCUCUAGGUGAUAUGUACAGCCUGUUAUCUCUUCCCUACGUGAUGAUGGCAUGGGUUUCGGCAGCAUAUUGUGGACCCGCUCUCGGCCCUCUCCUAAGUGGCUUCUCGGUCCCCGCCGAGACCUGGCGAUGGUCUCUAUUUGAAUCGAUCUGGGCAUCAGCCCCAGUCCUCAUAGUCAUGUUCUUCUUCCUCCCCGAAACUAGCACAGCCACCAUCCUUCUCCGACGAGCGCAGCGACUCCGCAGAAUCUUUAACGACGACCGUUUCCAAUCCCAGUCUGAGAUUGACCAGAAGAACAUGAAAGUCUCCGAGAUAGCAAUCGACGCUCUAAUCAAGCCCCUCGAAAUCGCCAUCAAAGAUCCAGCGGUUUUCUUCGUCACGAUCUACUGCGGAAUCAUCUACGCAAUCUAUUACUCCUUCUUUGAGGUCUUCCCGCUAGUCUACCCAACAUACUACGGCAUGACCCUUGGCGAAAUCGGCCUAGUGUUCCUUUGUAUCAUGGUCUCCUGUUUAAUAGCAGUAGCAAUCUACUGGUCCUACAUCUUCUUCUAUGCGAAUCCACGAAUCAUCAAAUUCGGACUCGGGCCUCAGGAAGAACGGCUCAUACCAGCACUAAUCGCCUCAUUCGGACCACCAAUAGGUCUGUUCCUCUUCGCUUGGACAUCGCGCGCAUCCAUCCACUGGAUCGUACCAACGAUUGGAAUAACCAUCUAUGCCGGAUCCGUCUUUAUCGUUAUGCAGGUUUUAUUCAUCUACAUCCCGCUCAGUUACCCAAUGUAUGCAGCCAGUCUAUUUGCCGCGAACGAUUUCUGUCGCAGCGCCCUUGCAUGUGGAAGUGUGCUAUUCGCACAUCCACUUUUUGGUAAUUUGGGCAUUGCAAGGGGUACAAGUCUUUUGGGUGGAUUGAGCGUUACUGGUAUCAUUGGUAUUUGGCUGCUCUAUUAUUAUGGAGCUAAGCUUCGCUCCAUGAGCAAGUUUGCUGUGUCUAGUGAGGCUGAGGAGGUGUCGGUAUCUGAGGGGACCUUAGCAUAG